UGGAGUCCUAGUCUGGGGCACUGAAACCCAGCAUUAGUUAUACUUUCCAUCCCGACUUUAUCCCAGCAUUAAUGCUUGGAAGAAACUGAAUUGUGGGCGCUAAAUACUUUUAUUUUACAGGGUGUCAUUGCAACCAAAGUCAGGCAACAGAACACCUGCUACAUUUCCAUCAUGAACAGAAGCGAGAUGCCCCGCUUUGAUGACCUGGCCCGCCUGGCACAAGAGAGCAGGGUAAGGUUCCAAAGCAGUGGCAGGUUCCUGGCCAUAGACAUCACUGGGCCAUUUCUUCAUGUGCUUUUUCUUUCUGGACACCAUCAGGUUGUGUCUUGUGGCAGAGUUUCCUGUCUCUCAACAGUAAUGCAGAUUAGGAAUUUGUUGUAGGAAUGCUUUCCCAAAAGAAAGGGGCUGCAUUAUUCCCACCCCCACUUGCCUGGAGGAUGUUGAGCUCUGCAGCUCGCUGGGCAAAUCCGUUCUUUGUGGAGCUCUUCAGUGCUUUCUUUGCGCUGCCAUCUCACCUCAAGUUCCGUGCAUCUUGACUCCCUUAGAAUGAGCUCUGCCUUUGGAGCUCCUGUCAAGGCUUGCUAGUGGUCCCACAGGCCCCCUAGGGGAUUAAAAGAUGUCCCUAAAGGCAGCUGGGACUCAAACACCCAGCCCUGAGUCAUCAUUGCAGAGGAACAGGCCUAGCAGGAAUCACCUCUCUGCACUCAGCUUGCUGAAUGUUGGUUUUCAAUGUUCAGAACCUGAUUGGCGUUUUUGGAAGACCUACCAAGAAGAUCACCUUUGUCACCAAUGGAUUGGUCAACAACCUCAACUCCUAUGGAAUAGAAAUCGCGGCUAUGUGCAGCGGACUCACCACCUACAUGGCUUACGAAGUUCACACUUUCCAAGGACCCCAGGUGAAUCUGGAAUCAUGCAUUACCCUCGAUGUCCUGAGAGUUGUGGACCUGAAGUACUGCAUUGGCAAUGGCAGUGUCAAUUUCCCGACUCAGCAGAUUCCCAGCGGCAUCUUCAACAACACCCAAGUCAUCAUUGGGGGCCAGUCCCAAAUUGUGACCAUCAACAGGCAAUGGCGUGUGGCAAUCAUUGAGAGAAGGAACGUCACCGGGUCCUGGAAAACCAUCUGGAACUACAACACGGGUGUCAUUGCAACCAAAGUCACGCAACAAAACACCUGCUACAUUUCCAUCAUGAACAGAAGCGAGAUGCCCCGCUUUGAUAAUCUGGCUCACCUGGCACAAGAGAGCAGGAACCUGAUUGGCGUUUUUGGAAGACCUACCAAGAAGAUCACCUUUGUCACCAAUGGACUGGUCAACAACCUCUACUCCUACGGAAUAAACAUCGCGGCUAUGUGCAGUGGACUCACCACCUACCUGGCUUCCGAAGUUCACACUUUCCAAGGAUCCCAGGGGAAUCUGGGAUCCUGCAUUACCCUCGAUGUCCUGAGAGUUGUAGAGCUGCAGUACUGCAAUAGCAAUGGCAAUUGGAAUGGCAAUUGGAAUGGCAAUGGCAAUGGCAACUGGAAUGGCCAAUGGAAUGGCAAUUGGAAUGGCAACGGCAAUGGCAACUGGAAUGGCCAAUGGAAUGGCAUUGGCAAUGGCAACUGGAACAACAAUUGGAAUGGCAUCGGCAAUGGCAACUGGAACAACAACUGGAAUGGCAAUGGCAAUGACAACUGGAACAACAAUUGGAAUGGCAUCGGCAAUGACAACUGGAACAACAACUGGAAUGGGAAUGGCAACUGGAACAACAAUUGGAAUGGCAAUUGGAACGGCAAUGGCAAUUGGAAUGGAAAUUGGAAUGGCAAUUGGAACGGCAAUGGCAAUUGGAACGGCAAUUGGAAUGGCAAUUUCCCGACUCAGCAGAUUCCCAGCGGCAUCUUCAACAACACGCAAGUCAUCAUUGGGGGCCAGUCCCAAGUUGUGACCAUCAACAGGCAAUGGCGUGUGGCAGUCAUUGAGCAAAGGAGCUACAGCGGGUCCUGGAAAACCGUCUGGAACUACAACACGGGUGUCAUUGCAACCAAAGUCAGGCAACAGAACACCUGCUACAUUUCCAUCAUGAACAGAAGCGAGAUGCCCCGCUUUGAUGACCUGGCCCGCCUGGCACAAGAGAGCAGGAGUUUCCUGUCUCUCAACAGUAAUGCAGAUUAG